AACUUAUCAUUAACUGCGUUCGGCAUUGCAAGUCUGACAAUGAGACGAAGUGCAAUUCUCCCUUUCCAUCUCAUUCUCCUCUCUCGUUCACUCGAAUGCAAAAGAGUGCUGUAAUUAUUUUUCAAAAUUAUGCCUGUACUUAUAUAUUAUGUCUAUGGCUUUUACACUGAUAAGUAAGGGCCUGAGCAGAAUGGCUGUCUUACACCCUUAAGACAAUGCUUUGUUUUAAACCUUUGCUUGAGGUAACAUACAAAACUGUCUUGUGUGUGUUGAUAUAAUUGAUUUCUUCACUUUUUACUUUUAUAGACCUUUACAGAGUUUUAAUAUGAACGACUUACGUUGACGAAGUUUUCUAAACAUUCUAAUUUAAACUACUGAUAAACAAAAGGUCGUUAACUUAUUCUGGAAUCGGUAAAAAUCAACCAAUUACAGUCAACUAUUCUCUUAACUUUUAGCGGUGAUUGGACAAUUUUUACCGAUUCCGGCAUAAGUUAACAAUUAGGGCCAUCGCACACAAAAUUGGGUGCUUUCCAAUUGCAAUAUCCCUAAACAUUUUCGUGCCACGGCGACACAAAUGGCGUUCCAAUUGUCGCACACAAAUGUUGACAUACUUCUACACAUUCGUACUAGGGCUACUAGUUGGCUGUGUAAUUUGUUUUCUAGUGACAAAUAAUAGUUACUAAGUAGGUACGGCGGCUACAAGUGGUCGGCAUUGGUCGGCAUGUUUCCUCGCUGCGACGGUACUAUAUAGGACGAAAAAGAAGUGAGCUUACGUCUGAUAUCACUCUGGCGCAUAAGUAAUACGGAAGUGGGAGGAGGGAAAAUACGCAAGUACGGCGCGCAUUUAUUUUCUUUUUACUCAACAAUGAACAACGGCAAUAUUUAGAGUAUCAUUGAGGACACGAAAUGGAUAAGUAGCGGAAAUCGUCCACUUUUCAUCGCUCCCGCUUCGAUCGCUUUAAGUGCGCGAGACAAGAAGAUCCCGGCAUUUCAUCGGUCAAUCAUCAACAUGUUCCAAAAGAACGAGGAAUCUACGGUUGUCUAUGUUAACAACAACAACAACAACGACAAUGACAACAAGCUUCAGCAAGUUGCGAUAUCACCCUCGACGACGUCUAGCUGGAGCUCGGACGAUGAGAACCGGAAGGAGAAUUACACUUGGGGCAGGUUAAUAAGUAGUGUGUUAGUGCUCAUAAUCACAAUAACAUUAGUUGUUGGACGAACGACAUACGUCAACAAGCCCUCCAGAGUCUCAUCAAUAGACAGUCACAUCAAUAGACUCCAUCAGUAUAAUCAGUAUAAUGAGUAUAAUGUCUAUUUCGACGCACUGCAACCUGUGCUACACAUCGUCUCUGACCAAUUUUUAUCGUUUGGUCUCGAUACGUCCUUACUUCGAAGAAUGAAUAAAUUGCCCAUCGAAAGGGGCAAAUUUAUCAAGUUGGCCUCUCACUUGAGCCCCGCUUAUCUCAGAAUCGGUGGAACCUCCGCGGAUUGUCUGACAUUUGUUGAGAAUCAGACAGAAAUAAGCUCUUCCCAGAUUUUCAGCCCCAUAAAUGACCAGGACAUCAGCAACUUUACCAUAUCCGGUGACGAUUUGCUCGCUAUCUAUAAUUUUUCAAAGAUGUCAAAUUUACGAAUGAUUUUCGAUCUGAACGUAUUGCUCAGAAAUCCAGAUGGAUCUUGGAAUGACAGUAACGCACGGAAGAUUAUCGCGUUCGCGAAGAAUAAAAACAUGACAUUAGAUUGGCAAUUGGGAAACGAACCAAAUUCCUUUAAACACGUGUUUAACGUGACAAUCUCUCCGAGCGAACUCGCGAAGGACUACGCUCACUUGAGGAAAUUGCUAAAUGAAGCAGGAUACAAGGAAAGCUUCCUCGUUGGACCAGAAGUGAAUCACGUCGGAGAGCAGUCUCAUAUGGGAGAGGUAUAUGCCGAGACAUUUUUGAGUAGCCAGACUGACACCGUGAAUUUUGUCACUUGGCAUCAAUAUUAUCUGAAUGGACGAGAGGCUGAAGUCAAGGAUUUCGUGAAUCCUAACACGUUCAACUGGUUAUCAAAGCAAAUCGAAUCCAUGAAAGAAUACAUUGCCAAAUCGGGGAGAACUGUUCCUAUGUGGUUGUCUGAGACCAGCACUGCAUUUGGCGGAGGUGCGCCCGGGUUGUCCGACAGAUUCGUAGCCGGAUUUCUAUGGUUGGACAAGUUGGGGUGCAGCGCUAAGGCGGGAGUAAAAGUCGUUACGAGACAAUCGUUGUUCGGCGGAGAUUACGCUAUGGUAUCGCCGAGUCUUACGCCAAACCCCGACUGGUGGGUUAGUGUCUUUUAUAAGCGAUACGUGUCGGGGAGGGUUCUGGAUUUGGACGUACCUGGCAACAACGGCACCUUACGACUGUACGCACAUUGCUCGACGCGAACUGAAAGAUCGAUUGUCACACUUUACGGAGUAAAUAUAGCCAACCGCAAAGCUGUCGUGAAUCUUUCGAAGAAACUUUUCAAGAAAAAAAACAUGUUUGUUAAGUAUUACAUUCUGACCUCCGAUAACUUGCAAUCGAGCAAGAUAAAGGCAAAUGACGAAGAGUUAAAACUGAAAUUUAACGGAGAUUUGCCAGAGUUUCACCCUCGGAUAAUAAUAAGCACUACAACAACAAAGAUAACUUUACCACCAUACUCCAUGGUGUUCGCGCUCAUCUAUAACAUUUUUAUUCCUGUGUGUAGAGUACGAAUAAACUUUUAAAGAAAGUGACAAGGUGAUUUUACAGGAUUUUUAUACUUUAAUUAAUGUAUACUUUCCUUAAACAUUAUAUUAAACGUCUAUAGCUUAUGUUACAUA